AUGAAGUCAUCGGAUAUUGACCAGGAGUUAUUCACAGAAAGCUACUGCAAAGUGUGCAGCGCCCAGCUGAUAUCGGAAUCCCAGCGCGUGGCCCAUUACGAGAGCCGGAAGCAUGCGAGCAAAGUUCGGCUUUACUAUAUGCUCCAUCCACUCGACGGAGGCUGCCCCGCGAAGAAGCUGCGGUCAGAAAAUGGCAGCGACGACGACCCGGUGGACAAGAACAAGUGCUGCACCCUCUGCAACAUGUCCUUCACUUCGGCGGUGGUGGCGGAGUCUCACUACCAGGGGAAGAUCCACGCCAAGCGAUUAAAGCUGCUGCUAGGAGAGCAGCCCGCUGUAAAGCCCACAGAGACCAGCCUGAGCUCCCUAAAGCAACCCCACGCGGACAGCUCUCCGGUGCCGCCUGCGCCCCAUCAGAGGAGAGACUCCGACAGGUACUGCCAGCUCUGCGCGGCUUGGUUCAACAACCCGAUGAUGGCGCAGCAGCACUACGACGGCAAGAAGCACAAAAAGAACGCCGCCAGGGCUGACCUGCUCGAGCAGCUGGGGAAGACGCUGGACCUGGGCGAGCUCAGAGGUCUGAAGCGAAGUUAUACUUGUAACAUCUGCAACGUCACUCUAAACUCAAUAGAACAGUAUCACGCCCACCUGAAGGGUUCCAAACAUCAGACUAAUCUGGAUGAAGACUCCAAGAUCAUGAUUAGUGACUUUGGGCUAUCGAAGAUGGAAGGCUCAGGCAGUGUCACGUCCACCGCAUGUGGGACUCUUGGCUAUGUGGCUCCUGAGGUGUUGGCACAGAAGCCUUACAGCAAAGCCGUGGAUUGCUGGUCCAUUGGAGUCAUCGCCUACAUCUCGUACAUACUGCGACUUCAGGUGAAGUCCCCACCAGAGAGCAACCAAUUGGUCAGCUCUGCUGGGAACCACACGCACACACAGUCCUACAACGUGGGCGCGAUACAGAACCCUCUUCUUAAAAGUAGCAGAGACAUGAAAAGUGAACAGCGAGCAUCCAACAGCGUCUGGACAAAAUGCAAUGCCAAAAACCUGGAGCGAAUCCUGAAGGCGGAAGCUCGGAUAGGGAAAUGGCAAGCGCUGUGCCAAGCAAACGCACCGCAGACGCGCCGCUUUCAAGAUGUCUGGGGAGCCAUGCAGUGA